UCAUUGUCUGCGGGGAAACAACCGGGAACGGGUGCUACAAUGAACGAAGGGCCGCUGAAGACCCCGGUCCCCGGCGGAGCGCCCGUGGAGCAAGGCGCGGGGGGGCAAAGCACACAGAAGAUAAGCGGGAAAGCAGAAUGGACCUCUGAACCGACACCCGCACUGGAGCCGCGGGCGGCCUCGAACAGCGUCGCCGCACAGGAGCUCCCCGGCUCAGAGGACGCGGAUGAGGCGGCUAAGGCCGCCGGCUUCGAGCCUCCCGUCGACUGGUUCGAGCCCCUUGAGGAUGAUGAUAAUGACGAAGAAAGCCUGGCAGGAGAAAGUGAAAGGAGUGAGAGCCUAGCGGGCAGCGAGAAGCUCUUCAAAAAGAUUUAUAAGUUUCCAAUGCCCCGCCGCAAGCGAUCACAUCCCGAUGAAGGGUGGGACGAGUGGUCAAUACUCGGAGAGGGCUGGAAACGCAAAGAAGUCGUCCGGCGCUCCGGCUCUAGCAUCGGACAGAAGGAUGUGUAUUACCUGAGUCCGCGUGGCGAGCGAGUGAGAAGCCGAGUGGAGCUGAUCUCUUUGAUGGAGGGACAGCUGGACUUGUCCACCUUUGAAUACAAGUCAGGAAAGUUCUACAAUGGCGAAGCACCACCCGUAAGAAUUCGACACAGAACAAAGAGAAAAGUCCGUGAGCGUUCUUCCUCCGAGUCCAGCUGGAUGGAGCGAGGAGACGGGGCGGACACUCCAGACUCCCACCACACGUCCACCCCCAGUCUGGGGCCCAAAAACCUCCAGACGAGUCUCUCCUUGAACAGCGCAGUAGGAACGCUGAAUAAAGACUCACGCGACGAGGAUCCACCAGCUGGAGAAACAAAUAAACUUCCCCUUCCCUCAUCGUCCCGACCGCUCCCCUCCAUAAAUGGAGAAGUCGGGUCAGAGGACGGCACACUGAUCUGUGCCAGAUGUGGAAUUUCCUUUACAGGCACGUGGUACGACAAACAGCGGAAGAAGCCCUGCUGUCCCAACUGUUGGGCAGCCUCAAAGUCUAAAGAACAUCCGAUGGUUCGUUUCAGAAAGUGGAUUCCUUGUGGACAGUGCUUGGGAUGCAACAACACAAUAAACUGUGGGCUGUGUGCCAACUGCAAGCAUGGAAUGCAGAGCCCGGAAUCUAGGAAACGCUUAUGUCGGAAACGCAAAUGUAUAUGUCCCAUUCGCAAGGGUCCUGGAAGUGCCGCCUUCCUGCCGCAAAAGCCUUACAAUGACAUUCCUGACAUGUAUGAGGACAGCCUGAGUUUUCAGAGUGAAUUUGCAGACUCGCAGCACCCGAGUCUCAAAAGCAGCGACACGGAGAACUUCUCGGUCAACGUGGACGUGGAUGUUGACGACGACGACGACGACGACGACGACGACAUGUCGACCGACGACGACGAUGACUGGCAUAAGAAGCGGAAGCGACGGGCCUGUGGAGAAUGUAAAGCCUGUCUCUGCAGGAAAGACUGCGGCACUUGUGAUUUCUGUGGAGACAAACCCAAGUUUGGAGGCAGCAACAAGAAGAGGCAGAAGUGUCGACUACGCCAGUGUCAGAGACAGGCAAUGAGACACUUGCUGCCUUCCCAAAAGAGACACAGUGACCACGGGCCAGAUGGCCAAUUUCUGCCGGGCCGGCCUCGACCUCACUACAAGUCCAGCCGGAAGUACGCCUUGGACUUCACCGACAAUGAAGACGACGACUGUAACAUAAAACCGAUAAACUGGACCACUGCGUCGGCCAGCGGUAGCACAUAUUUAUAUGGACUGGAUGUUAAGAACCAACCGCCUUCUACGCAGUUGGAUUCGAUGGAUCUCCAACUGCCUAAUGGGCUUCCUGACGGGGUUCCCCACAUCAGCGGCAACCACAACAACUCUAAACUGGAUGGUCAAAAGCAUGCCGAAGAAAUGGCGGAGGAUGACGACAGCGACGAAGAUGACGAAGACUACGAAGAGGAGGAGGAGGAGGAAGAAGAAGAAGAUGAUGAUGAUGAUGAAGAAGAAGAGGAGGAGGAGUUGCCCAUGAUCACACAGAUCUUCAGUCUGGCUGAAAACCCGCCUGUCGGUGGUGCGGACAUAGAAAACCAGCUUAUGACUCUGCUCCAGUCUUUGCGCUCCUCUGCAAUGCCCAUCUUGUGGUAUGCCAUCAUGGUGGAGGGCCCGCAGCUGCAGCUCAUCCAGUGCUCCAAACAGUCCAGCCUGAGCGACGCCAUCGUGCUGAUCGACCCGGGCUUCUGCUACCAGGUCACCGUCCAAAAGCAGCCGCUGCUGCCCACCCACCCGCUGUACGACCGGUACCCGGCGCGCCUCACCUCCGUGACGGAAGUGGUCGGUUUGCUUUUGGGCCUGGAGGAUUACGUCGUGUGCCAGGGACUGCCGCCCAAAGAGCCGUUGUCCGAUACAAACCUCAUCAUACUGGAGCGAGCGUCGACGUGCGAUUUCUUGGUGAACAAGAAGGUGAGCGUCUGUCCCAACUGCAGAGCGCUGCGAGGACUUUAACCCUCAGCGGAGGCAGAAGACGAUCUGUAAACGCAGCGGAGACCACCGAUUCUCUGGUGCAACGUCGUGCUUUAUAUAUAUAUAUAUAUACAGAUAUAGAUAGGACAUUUUACUGAUUUACCUCCAGACUGUAAUAGUAUGAUGUGAUCAUUUUGAGGGAUCACCAAAACAUUCCAGGAGCCGGGACGUUGUAACCCAGCUGGGGUCGGACGUCCACUGGUGUGUUGUAGGUCUUCUCUCUUCAUGACUGUUGUGUCAAGAUUUUGGGCAUUGUCACGGACGGAGCUGAAAUCCUUCAGCUCUCCGUGUGGUAAGUGUGCUGUUGGUUGAUUCGCACUCUUGAGGAAUCGGUGACCUUAUUACACCUUUUUGAAUAGUCGUUUGACCCCAAAUUCUGUCCCUCAGCCCCAAAAAUGAAGCUGAGAUUUCUUGCAAUGAACCCUCAUCAACAUUGGACACCGUGUCAACAGUGUUGUCAUGUGUACCAUACGUCUUUUGGACUAAAUAAGUUAAGUGUUCAUCUUGUACUGCUUUUUUCUUUCUUUGUUUCAAUAGUAAAUUAUAUUGUGAACGCUACAUCAUUUGCAGUUGUUUUCUUUGUUUCCUUCAUGUUCGCUGGAUUUUUCUGUUUUAUAAAAUGAAUCUAAUACUGCUCUGUAAAAUAAUUAAAAUAAUUAAAACAAAUA